AUGUAUGAAUCUGCAAGAAGUAUUAUGAGUUGGCUUGGUGAUUGUGCAAAGGUUAUAGUAGUGAAAAACAAUCCAGUACAAUGGACAACUCCUCUUGGGCUUCCUGUUGUUCAACCAUACCGCAAAUUAGGAAGACAUCUUAUUAAGACAUAUCUUCAAGUUUUGACACUACAACGAGAAACCGAUAAGGUAAUGGUGAAAAGACAAAGAACAGCCUUUCCUCCUCACUUUGUCCACUCUCUUGAUGGGUCCCACAUGGUGAUGACAGUCGUUGCUUGUAAAGAGGCUGGCUUAAGUUUUGCAGCUUACAGUCAUCUUCUUCACUCUGAUUGGGCUAAGCUAGAUAAAUUAUUAACCAAAUCUAAUUCAUUACGAUUGAAGCACAUUCUGUUAAAGCUUCAAAACGACUACGUCAUUUCCCUAAAAUUCUUCAAAUGGAUUGAGCUUCACAACCCUAGUUUACUCACCCUCGAAACAAAUUCCAUCAUCCUCCAUAUCCUCACCAAGAAUCGUAAAUUUGUGUCAGUUGAAUCCAUUUUAAAGAAGAUCAUCGUUUCUUGUUCUUGUGACGUAAACCUCCAUUCUAAGCUCUUCGAUGCUGUUCUUCACUCUUAUCGAAUGUGUGAUUCCACUCCUCGUGUUUUCGAUGCCUUUUUCAAAAUGUAUGCACAGAUGAAGCAGCUCAGGAAUGCAACAUAUACAUUUUGUCGUAUGAAGGAAUACGGAUUUCUUCCCACCAUUGAAUCAUGUAACAUGUAUAUGAGUUCACUGCUUAGUUUCAAUCGAGCAGACAUCGCGAUACCAUUUUACAACCAAAUGAGAAGAUCCAAGAUCACAAUCAAUGUGUUCACUCUCAACAUGGUGAUGAAUGCUUAUGUUCAAUUAGGGAAACUAGAGAAUGCAGUCCAAGUGUUCGAUGAAAUGCAAUGUAUGGGAAUGAACCCUUUUGUCUCCUCCUAUAAUACAUUGAUCACUGCAUACAUCAACCAAGGCCUUUUAACAACCGCAAUCAAGUUGAAACUUACAAUGGAGAAGAAUGGAAUCAGCCCAAAUGCCAUAACUUACAACACAAUAAUACAUGGAUUCUGUAAAGAAGGCAAACUACAUGAUGCUUUUAAAGUUUUCCAUGAAAUGAAAAGGUUAAAUGUGGAUCCUAAUACUGUAACUUACAACACAUUAAUCACUACAUGUUCCCAAUCAGGUAAAAUCGAAAAGGGUAAUCAGAUUUUGAAAAAAUGA